GUGUUUAGCCACGCCCCCUUCCAGGUACGGGCUGUUCCCCCCCCCAGUUCCUGGUUUGGUCCUUGCUGGUGUCGGAACGUCAGAGAAUGGAGAGGGUCAGCUUGAGCAUCCUGGUGCUACUGGGAGUUUUGUCCCCAGUGAGAGGGAACCCUCUGCCCCCUGAUGCCACCAGUCCCUUCUAUUAUGACUGGCACCGCCUGCGCGUGGCCGGGCUCGUGGUGGCCGCUGUCCUCUGCGUGGUUGGCGUCAUCGUCCUCCUCAGUGGGAAGUGCAAGUGUGGGAGCAAAGCCAGCCGCCGUUGUCCCCCCCCCCGAGUCAUCCCACCUCGUUCCUCCUGGAGCCACCAGCACGUGUUGAGGUGACCCCAAGUGUCCCCAAUGGGACACAUGGAAACGGGGGACAUGGAGGGGGUUCAUUUUGGGGUGAAACCCCCCAAAAACGGCAAGAAAUGGGGCAAUGAAUAAAAAUGAUGGUUUAAAAGGG